AUGCCCGCAGAGGCCACGCCCACCACCCUCUCGCCCGAACCGGGCACGGCCUCAAAGACGUCGUUCCCGCUCGACGUCCGCUUCCCCGUCUACUCGAUCGCCUUCACCAACGACGACACAGUCCUUCUCGCAGGAGGCGGCGGCAGCAGCAGGACCGGCGUCAAGAACCGCCUCAGCAUGUACUCGGUCGAUGUCAAGAAGCGCCAGAUCUCGCUCGUCGAGGAGCACGAGCUGUCCAAGGAGGAGGACGCGCCCAUGACGGUCGCCGUCCACCCGCAGAGCAAGUCGAUCGUGGCGGGCAUCAACUCGUCGGUCGCACAGCUCGAGAAGGGCGUCAACGAGAACUUGCGCGUGUUCAGCUACGACGACAAGGCGAUCAAGUACGAGAAGCGCAAGCAGACCAUCACCUCGACCGACCCUGAUCACUAUCAAAAAGUGACGGCCAUCUCGCGCACCGCGUCGUCACCUCUCGUCGCCGUCGGCUCGACCAACUCGCAGCUGUCCCUCCUCUCGUUCCCCGACCUCGACGACGUCUUCCCCUCGAUCACGUACGACGGCGAGGAGAUCUACGACGCCGACUUCAACGACGAAGGCGACAUGCUCGUCGGGACGUCGAGCAACAAGCUGUGUGUGUGGAGCACCAAGGCGGCCGACAAGGACGUCGAGCCUGAACCGCUGCAGGUCAUCGAGCGGCCCGUCCUCAAGAAGGAGCUCGCGUGCACGUUCCGGGCGGCAAAGUUCGGCCGCGCCGCGACGGCGUCCAACCUGUACACGGUCGUCAACGCGUCGCCGGCGGGCAACGUGCGCAAGCCGCCGGCGGGGAGCAAGAAGGCGUUCGUCAGCCUGUGGGACACGCGCGCGUGGAAGCUGCUCAAGACGCGCACCGUCAGCCAGAAGCCCGUCACGGCGUUCGACGUCAGCGAGGACGGCACGCUCUUGGCGUACGGCUCGUCGGACUUGAGCGUCGGCAUCCUCGACGCCGUAACUCUGCGUCCUCUCCUCACGGUCCUCCACGCGCACGACUUCCCCGUCACGGCGCUCAAGUUCAACCCGUCGGCGUCGGUCCUCAUCAGCGGCAGCGCCGACAACUCGAUCCGGGUCAUCGAGGUGCCGACCCUCGCGCAGCGCGGCGGCAGCUCGGCGACCUACGCCGUCCUCAUGACGCUCCUCAUCCUCCUCCUCGCCAUCCUCAUCCAGCAGUCGUUCGGCGACGACCUGCUCGCCGCAGCGAGGAAGGCGCUCUGAGCUUGUGCCCCUGGUGCUGUCUGUACGGGU